UACACGAUGGCUUCCACCGAUCCGCCCAGUUCUCACAAUGCCGACGGCAAUGGCGAACGCAAGCGGCCGCGCGACCAUUCGCCUGCAGACGACCAGAAGCGCAGGAGAGAUGACGGUGACUUCCGCAGAGGACGCGGCCGUGGCAGGGGCGGCAAGCAAAGCUUCCAGCAUGGCAGCCAUGCUCAUAAGAAGAGAAAUAUGGGGCGUAACGAGCACCUUCGCGAGCAAUUAGAUCGCCGCGGUCGCAACGAGGAACAACAAGCCAAGAACAAGCAGAAGGCUGAGGGUGAUGUCACCGCUCUACCUAAAGCCUUUCCCGCCGAAGAGGUUGAGGCCGAGGAGCGUCGUCCUAAGCGCAAGGUCGCUGUCAUGCUCGGGUACUCUGGCACUGGCUACAAGGGCAUGCAGAUUGAUAACAAACAGAAGACGAUCGAAGGUGAUCUAUUCCAGGCCUUUGUCUCUGCCGGCGCCAUCUCCAAGGCAAAUGCCGACGAUCCCAAGAAGUCUUCCCUCGUGCGAUGCGCUCGUACCGAUAAAGGUGUCCAUGCUGCUGGAAAUAUCAUCUCGUUGAAGCUCAUCAUCGAAGAAGAGGACAUUGUCCAGAAGAUCAACAGCCAUCUCUCCUCACAGAUCCGCGUAUGGGGGAUUCAGCGCACCACUGGCUCUUUCAGUUGCUACCAGGCCUGCGAUUCCCGCUGGUAUGAAUACUUAAUCCCAACACACUCUUUCCUGCCGCCACAUCCCUCCAGCUUCUUGGCCAAAAAGCUGGAAGAGUAUGCGGAGAGUGAAAAUGACAUGACGGGUUACCGGGAGCGACAAGCUGAGGUGGCCGACUUUUGGUCGGAAGUGGAGGAGAAGCGCAUCAAGCCGAUUCUGGAUGCCCUCGACGAUUCGAUACGUCCCCUGGUGCUAGAAGCUCUGUACAAUGUGGAAUCCACGAAUGCUCCUGACGAAGAUCCAGUAGCCGAUUCGAGUAAGAAGCCCAAGGAGGAAGACCGACAGUCGCCUGCUAAAGAAAGUGAUGUCAAACUAGAUGCUCAAGUUGAGCAAAUGGUGGAGGCCGUGCAAGAACAAAAUCCCAAGCUCAAACUCGAUGAUCAAACGGACGGUUCGGUGGUUCUACCCGAGUUCACUGCCAACAAAUUUGCUCUUGAAACCGCUAUCAAGGAUCUCAAGAAAGCGUACAUGGAUGCAAAGAAAGCGUACCGUAUAUCCCCAGAGCGACAGGAACGAAUGAGGGCUGCCCUGGAAGUAUAUGUUGGAACUCAUAUGUACCACAACUACACCGUGCAGAAGAAAUUCAGUGACCGCUCAGCUCAACGCUACAUCAAAUCAUUCAAGGUUGCUGAUAAACCAAUCAUAAUUAAUGACACCGAAUGGCUGUCUCUCAAGGUCCACGGUCAGAGUUUUAUGAUGCACCAAAUCCGCAAGAUGGUCGGCAUGGCCACCCUGACUGUCCGAUGCGGAACCAGCUUGGACAUUAUGAGGAAAUCUUUCGAGAAUGUCACUGUGCGCAUACCAAAGGCACCCGGUCUUGGGCUCUUGUUGGAGAGGCCUGUCUUCGACUCGUACAACCAGAAACAGGCUCAAGCGAAUGGCUGGGACAGCAUCGACUUCUCCAAAUUUGAGAAAGACAUUGAGGAGUUCAAAGAGCGGGAGAUCUAUCAGCGCAUCUUCAGAGAGGAGGCGCAAGGUAACCAGUUCAAUGCGUUCUUCACCCAUCUUGAUAACUACAGGGAUCCGACAUUCUUGUUUUUAACUUCAGGCGGCCUCGAGGCGACGAAAAAGAAUCUUGACAACAAGUCGAAUCAGGAAAAAUGGGAGGAUUCUGAGGACGAGAACGCUUCGGGCGGCGAAGGCUGA